UACAAGCUUCCAGGAAAAACCAACAUGUAAAUUAGAUAGCAUUUCUCUCAUCGGUUUCUUACUUGGUACUUCAUAUACAUAUACAUCUAUAAAUAUCCAUGGUGCCUAAACAGAUAUAAUUCAUAUCUUGGCUCUUCUGUCCUUAAUUGGUCUUUCUUUGAGCUUUAAUCCAAUGGCAUUUGUCAGAUCCCAAGAAACCUCCUCCUCCAAUUCUCAUUGUAGUUAUGAUGUGUUCUUGAGCUUUAGAGGUGAAGAUACUCGCAAGACGUUCACUGACCACCUCUACACAGCUUUAGCACAUGCAGGAUUGCGUACUUUCAGAGAUGACGAUGGAAUUGAAAGAGGGGAGAAUAUUAAGUUCGAAUUGAACAAAGCAAUUCAAGAGUCGAAGAUUUCAAUAGUUGUCUUCUCGGAGGACUAUGCAUCUUCAAGUUGGUGUCUCGAUGAACUUGUCAUGAUCCUUGAACGCAGGAGGACUGUUGGACAUGUAGUUCUACCUGUUUUCUAUCAUGUGGAUCCAUCUCAUGUGAGGAAUCAAAAGAAAAGUUUCAAAGAAGCAUUUAUGAGGCAUGAAGAGAGAUUUCGUGCAGAAGCCAGUGAAAGAAAAGUUGAAUGGAUUGGCAAAGUGGAAGAAUGGAAGGCAGCACUUAGAGAAGCUGCAGAUUUGGCAGGGAUGAACUUACAAAAUCAAACUGACGGACUUGAGUCAAAGUUUAUCCAGAAAAUUGUGAAAGUGGUUGGAGACAAACGAAGUCGCACAACCUUGGGUAUUGCCCCCCACUUGAUUGGAAUAUAUUCUCGAGCCGAAAACAUUGGGCUUUGGUUACAAGAUGAGUCUAGUGACGUUGGUAUAGUCGCAAUUUGUGGGAUGGGCGGAAUAGGGAAGACAACCAUUGCCAAAGUACUAUAUAAUUUGAACUUCUCAAGAUUCGAAGGUAGCAAUUUUCUUGCAAAUGUAAGAGAAAAUUUAAAACAACAAGAUGGUUUACUUCGAUUACAACGACAACUUCUUUCAGAUAUGUUAAAGGGAAGAAAGGAAAAAUUGUACAGUGUUGAUGAAGGAGUUGUAAAGAUUAAAAAUGCAUUAUGUUGCAAAAAAGUUCUUGUAGUCCUUGAUGAUGUGGAUACAACAGAUCAAUUGGAUGCAAUACUUGGAAUGAGAGACUGGCUUUCUCAAGGUAGUAAAAUCAUCAUAACCACCAGGCGUGAGCAAUUGCUCAAGGCUCAUGAAGUUUGUCGGGUGCACAAGGUUGAAAAAUUGGACAAUGAUGAAUCCUUAGAGCUCUUUAGUUGGCAUGCCUUUGGGAAAAAUUGUCCCAUUGAUGGUUUCAUAGAGGACUCAAAAAGGGUGGUACACUACUGUGGAGGGCUUCCAUUAGCUAUAAAAAUUUUGGGUUCUUCUCUGUCUGGAAAAAGUUUAAAUAUCUGGAAAAGUCAAUUAGAAAAAUUGAAAGCAUUUCCUGAUCAUGAAAUCCUUGGAAAACUCAAAAUAAGCUAUGACUCUUUACAAGAUGACCACGAUAAAAAUUUAUUCCUCCAUGUUGCUUGUUUCUUUGUUGGGAUGGAUGAAGAUUGGGUAGUUACAAUUCUAGAUGGAUGUGAUUUUUACACAAUGGUUGGGAUUCAAAAUCUCAUUGAUAGAUGUCUAUUAACAAUUGAUGAACGCAAAAAGUUGGUGAUGCAUCAAUUGGUUCAAGAAAUGGGAAGAGAAAUUGUUCAGCAAGAAUCACCUAAGGAGCCAGGAGAACGUAGUAGACUUUGGAAUCACAAGGAUUCCUUGAAUGUUUUGAGAGAAAAUACUGGGACAAGAAAAAUCGAAGGCCUCACACUUGAUAUGAAUUUGCUCCAGAAAGAUAAGCAUGACAGGACAAUUUUUGGUGUUAAUAGAAAACGUCAUUAUGAUGAAUUCCUCGACACACCAUUUUUAACAAAUGUAGGCAACUCAUUUAAAAGAUACUGUUUUGGCAUGUUCUCCUCCAAGAAUGUAGGCACUGCUCUAGGAAAUUCAAAUCAAGUAACUUUGGAAGUUGAUGCAUUUGCAAGGAUGCAUAAACUAAAACUUUUGCAGCUCAAUUAUGUACAAAUAAGUAGAAGCUUGGAAAAUUUUCCUAAAGGAUUACGAUGGUUAUGUUGGCAUGGAUUCCCUUUCAAAUUUAUACCUUGUGAUUUUCCUUUGGAGAGCCUGAUUGUUCUUGACAUGAGUUAUAGUAGCUUGCAAAUAAUUUGGGAAGGAGAAAAGCUUCUCAAGUCACUAAAAAUCCUUGAUCUUAGUCAUUCCCAUUGCCUUACUAAAACUCCCGUCGAAAGUCCCCAAUCUAGAGAAAUUGAUAUUUAAAAAUUGUGCAAGGCUAGUUGAGGUUCAUGAAUCCAUUGGACACCUUGAGAGACUUGUUUUGCUCAAUUUAGAAGAUUGCAAAAAUUUGAGGAAGCUCCCGAGAAGCAUUUGUAUGCUGAAGUUUUUGGAAACACUUGACAUCUCAGGUUGCUCAAAUCUUGAGGAACUGCCAACAGGAAUGAAGACUAUGGAUUCAUUAACAGCUCUCCAUGCCAAUAGAAUUUCCAUGAGUCAAUUACUCUCUACCAGUAAGGAGGUCAAAUCAUGGCAUUCAUUCAUCUAUCCCUGUCCGU